UAGCGGUUUUAUCAAGCAAGAUUCAAGAAGGACUAAAACGCUGCGUUUAAACGUGCCACCGUUUUAUAAUCUUAUCUCGUUUUCCGGUCAAGCGUUUGUUAUUUCCUUUUACGAGUUUUUUGCUGUUUUGUUUUUUGGAUCAUUCGUUUUUUGUUGAGCUGAUGGCUCACUGAUAGAUUCCUGAGAAAAUAUGGACUCGGGCAUUGCGAGUUCCUGUAGCUGUUAUUGUAACCGCUGAUCGAUUAUUGUUGGUCUGUUUGGUUGCCGAGAAAGCCUGAGAAAGGUGGAGAAACAAAUCCACUGAAAUGUGUACUUGUGAUUGGUUAGGUUGAAGAAGUAAGAAAGCAGCGUGCCACAUUCGUCCACAACCACAAUGCGUCAGAUGCGUAAUCGUAGUCUUAUGAUCACACUCUACAUCAUCUGCAUCGUUAUCAGCUGCUCAAAUUCAAGCCAUGGGAACACGACAGACAGCAAAGUUUUGAAUGUUGGUGAAGAGCUGUGGAAGGAAACUCUGCCACUAAAAAUGGGUUCACGCCUUUACCAGCUUCAAGGACUGAAGCCUGAUACUUGGUACGAAGUGAAAAUAUCGUAUCCAGCUUCUAUACCUGCUAGAUUUUCCGUACAACUCAAGAGAGGGGACUUGGAAUCUGCACUGACUGGGAACAGAAGAUUACUAAAUACAGAAAAGCUGAUUUUCAAGACUGAAAGUCUUGGCUCGAACGAUCAGGGUGGCAUGUAUGUGUUGGUGAGUGUGGAGCCAGAAGGAGUUGUUGCAAUACCAAAUGUGCAGGAGAGGGAACACAUCAUUUUCAAUAUAGUUUGUGAUGAACUACUAUUGGGAAUUCCGUACAAAGCUUGGUGGGUUGUAGGCUUUGUGUUGGUGUGCUUGGUUUUGGCGUUCACCAUCCCAGCAUUUCUUCCACCCUUUUUGUUACGGCCAGUGGAUCAAAAUGCUUCUAAAGAUUCUUGAAUAUCUGACUCAUAAAAGUGGUUGGCUUCAUCAAGUUUUGGUUAUUUCAGUAUGAUCACGGCAGCUCCAUUUUAGACCAAUUGAGGCAUUGGAGUAUCUAAGAUUUCAGUUUGGUCCCGCAGUACAUUUUGAAGUAACUUCUGGGCAUUGACCUGACCUUCAUGAUUGGCUUGCAAUUCGAAUGGUGCGUUUUCUAGUUUCUCUUUUUGCUUCUUCUCUCAAAGAAGAGUAGAUGAGAUAAAGUCCUAUUAGCAUCAAAAUUUUAUGCUUUUUAAUUUUCCUUUGCGAAUUGGAUCUUGCAACUGUAGACAGAUGAGCACAUUAUCUCAAAUUUGUUAUGCACUCAGGCAAUGAAAUCACUUGAGCAGAUGUAGAUAUAUGGAUUAGCACAUUCUUUCCUCUAAGUUUUCCAUUGUUCUUGUCUAUUUUUGUUUGUCUUCCACAUCAAUCAAUGAAUGUAAUGUGAUUGAGAA